GCUGUCCCCUCUCCUGUCACACCGGCCAUGGCAGCUCCAGCCACCUCUCCUGUGGCCAAACCAGCUCCUGGGAGCCCGGUCACUGCCCCCUUUCCUCCUGUCACACCGGCCACGGCAGCUCCACCCUCUCCAGCUGCCCCUCCCUCAGCCAAAGAUGCUCCCAAGGGCUCUGUUGCUGGCACUCCAGUUCUCCCCACCGCAGCUCCAGCCACCCCACCUGCAGCCAAAACUGCUCCCAAGAGCCCUGUUGCUGCUCCCUUGUCCCCUGCCACCGCAACUCCUGCAGCUCCAGCUGCGCCACCAGCAGCCAAAACACCCCCAAAGAGCCCUGUCAAAGCCACCCCAACUCCAGCCACCCCCACUGAGGACAAGGCACCCCCAAAGAGCCCUGUCAAAGCCACCCCAACUCCAUCUAUCCCCACUGAGGCCAAGGCACCCCCUAAGAGCCCUGUCAAAGCCACCCCAACUCCAUCUAUCCCCACUGAGGACAAAGCACCCCCAAAGAGCCCUGUCAAAGCCACCCCAACUCCAGCCACCCCCACUGAGGCCAAAGCACCCCCAAAGAGCCCUGUCAAAGCCACCCCAGCUCCAGCCACCCCCACUGAGGCCAAGGCACCCCCAAAGAGCCCUGUCAAAGCCACCCCAACUCCAUCUACCCCCACUGAGGCCAAGGCACCCCCAAAGAGCCCUGUCAAAGCCACUCCCCCUCCAGGCACCCCCACUGCAGCCAAAGGACCCUCAAAAAGCCCUGCUGAGGCCAAGGCACCUCCAAAGAGCCCUGUCAAGGCCACUGCAGCUCCUGCAGCUCCAGCCACAGCUUCUGCUCCAGCCACGGUUGUUUCUGGUGUCCCUCCAAAGCCCCCAACCCCAGCAAAAGCAGACACCGGCCAUCCCGGCUCUGCCCCUGCCAAGAAGCAGCAGCCCCCCACCAGUAACAAGGUGGCCAAGCCGGCCGCUUGCCCACCCCAGCCCAAAGCUCCCUCGAAGGCCCCGCUCAGCGCUGACGAUGAGGACCUGCCGCCUCUGCUCCCCCCCGAGCCGCCCGUGCUGCUGGAGCUCUCUCCACCCGCGGGGGUCCCGGCCCCCCUGGCGCCGCAGCCCAUCCUCAAGAAUGACAAGGGGUCUGGCACAGAGUCCGACAGCGAUGAAUCCGUACCAGAGCUCGAAGAGCAGGACUCCACACAGGCCACGACACAGCAGGCACAGCUCGCGGCAGCAGCCGAAAUAGAUGAAGAACCCGUCAGCAAAGCAAAACAGAGCCGGAGCGAGAAGAAAGCUCGGAAGGCAAUGUCCAAGCUGGGCCUUCGCCAGGUGACGGGAGUCACCAGAGUCACCAUCCGGAAAUCCAAGAACAUCCUCUUUGUCAUCACAAAGCCAGACGUAUACAAGAGCCCGGCGUCAGACACCUACAUCGUCUUCGGCGAGGCCAAGAUCGAAGACCUGUCCCAGCAGGCUCAGCUGGCGGCCGCCGAAAAGUUCAAAGUGCAAGGAGAACCUGUUUCCAACAUCCAGGAAAACACACAGACCCCCACCGUGCAGGAGGAGAGCGAGGAAGAGGAGGUUGACGAAACCGGCGUGGAGGUGAAAGACAUCGAGCUGGUGAUGUCCCAGGCAAACGUGUCGCGAGCAAAGGCCGUGCGAGCCCUCAAGAACAACAGUAACGACAUUGUAAACGCGAUAAUGGAGCUGACGAUGUAGCCGCCGGAGGGAGGAGCCUUUUUUGGUGUUUCAGAGAAGAGUAAAAUACAACUAAAUUUAAAAUUUGUACUAUUUCUAUCGGUUAAUAAAAGUUGUGGCUUAUUGUUGGUGAAA